AUGAGACAACUAAAUAUUGUCAUUGCUGAUGAUCAUCAUUUGGCUUUCAUUUCGGACAGACAUGCGGCCAUUGCUAAGGCGCUUGAAACUGUGUAUCCAAUAGCUAAACAUGGUAUUUGCAUUCAUCAUUUGUUGAAUAAUGGGGUAACAUAUUACCAUGGGAAUGGACUUGUUGGGUUGGUUGCAAAGGCGUCCAAGGUUUAUAGAGUUGCUGAGUUUGAAAAGAUAUUUGCUAAUGUGUGUAAUAUCAGUCCGGUAAUUGGAAAAUACCUAAGCGAUGCUGAAGUCCAAAAGUGGGCAAGAUGUCAAUUCUCUGGAUAUAGAUAUGACAUAAGGACAACAAACCCUGCCGAAUCCAUCAACUCUGCUUUGCGUUCGCCGAGAGAGUAUCCAAUCAUUCCCUUGUUGGACAGUAUCAGAGAAAUGCUGACUCGGUGGUUUUAUAACCGUAAGAAAAAGAUUUCAAAGCAUAAUCAUCCUCUUACCAUAGAUGUGGAGAAAAAGAUUGAAAGGAGAACCGAGAAAGGGAAAAGAUUUGCAGUUUACCCUGUUAGCGAUGGUUGA